CGGCAGCGGGAGCAGCAGCAGAAGCAGCAGCAGCAGCAGCAGGAGCGGGAGCAGCAGCAGGAGCGGCAGCAGCCGCAGGAGCGGCAGCAGCAGAGGGAGCAGCAGCAGCUGCGGGAGCAGCAGCAGCUGCGGGAGCAGCAGCAGCAGCGGAUGCAGCAGCAGCACAGCGAGGAGCAGCAGCAGCAGCACGAGCAGCACGGGCUGCAGCAGCAGGAGCAGCAGCAGGAGCAGCAGCAGGAGCAGCAGCACCACCCAAUGCAGCAACAACACCCAAAGCAACUGCAGCAGCAGUUCCAGCAGACACAGGGAAACCAGCAGCAGCAGCAGCACUAUUGUACGCAGCAA